CAAGUGCCUGGGAGCCGGCACGCUCCUCCCUUGGGGCGGGGCGCGCACUCGCUGCGCUGGGCGCACGUGGCUCGCCCGGGGCUCCGGCAUCCGGAGUUGGGGGUUCGCUCCAGGACAAAAUAUUCUGAGAACCUGGGGAAGAAGAAAAAAUGUCUCAAAAGCAGAUGAAGGAAGCUUUUGUCAGUAACCACAAUGGAACGAGCGUGCUGGAAAUCACCGAGGGCUUGUGCUUACCUGCACUCUGUAUCCUGUGUAGAGGGCUCCUGAUCAUUGUCUCACAGCACUUACGUUGUUCUUCACAUACCUGGAGAACUCGAUUCUUCAUUGACUUUGCUUUCCUAAUAGUUCCCCUGGUGACCACUUUGACCAUUUUCGCUUCAUUUGUCCUCCUUGAGUAUCUCAUUGUAAUUACCUUUGGGGCAGGGCUGCUCUAUGAAACAUACUGCAGGAGAACUUGCUAUGCCAGAAUGCCUGUCGGGAAAAUCCUUGAAAAAUUCUUGAAAAUCAGUAUAGAAUCAGAAUACAUUCCAGCCAUCUCCUGUUUCCGUGUAAUUAACAGUGCAUUUACUGCUGUUGCCAUUUUGGCUGUGGACUUCCCUCUUUUUCCCAGAAGAUUUGCCAAAACCGAGCUCUAUGGGACAGGAGCAAUGGAUUUUGGAGUAGGAGGCUUUAUUUUUGGGACUGCAAUGGUUUGUCCAGAGGUUAGGAGAAAAUAUACAAAAGGGUCCAGACUUUAUCUUACAAAGUCAUUGUACUCUGUUUGGCCAUUAGUCUUCCUAGGAGUGGGACGAUUAGUCGUUAUAAAAUCCAUAGGCUAUCAGGAACAUUUAACUGAGUAUGGAGUUCACUGGAAUUUUUUCUUUACCUUAAUAGUUGUGAAAUUGAUAACAUCACUGCUUUUGAUUAUUUUUCCCCUAAAUAAAUCCUGGAUUGUGGCUAUCAGCAUUACUGUAUUCUACCAGUUAGCCCUUGAUUUUACCCCACUGAAAAGGUUAAUCUUGUAUGGCAGUGAUGGCAGUGGCACAAGGGUUGGUUUAUUAAAUGCCAACCGAGAAGGAAUAAGCUCUACCUUGGGGUAUGUGGCAAUACACAUGGCUGGUGUUCAAACAGGAUCAUACGUACUUAAAAAAAGAUCACAUAUCAAAGACUGGAUAAAAGUAGCAUGUUGUAUUCUAUUGACAGCUAUUGGCUUCUUCAUAUCUCUUUACAUAGUUCAGGUAAAUGUAGAAGUAGCAUCUCGAAGAAUGGCCAAUUUAGCCUUUUGUAUUUGGAUAGUUGCUUCUUGCCUGAUCCUUCUUAGUAGUUUAUUACUGGGUGAUAUAAUUUUGAAUUUUGCCAAAUUUCUAAUUAAAGGGGCAACAGUACCAUGUUCUUGGAAAAUUAUCCAGUCACCUGCUGCAAAUAGAAAGUAUUCAGAAUCUCUAGUCUCUGAAGCUGAAAGAAAGGAACCCACUCUUUGUUUAAUCACAGCAAUGAACAGAAACCAGUUAAUUUUUUUCUUGCUGUCAAAUGUAACAACUGGCCUAGUCAACCUGUUGGUAGAUACAUUACACAGCAGUACCUUGUGGGCCUUAUUUGUACUCAAUCUCUACAUGUUUACCAACUGCUUAGUUAUAUAUGUGCUGCACUUGCAAGAUAAGACGGUAAAAUUUUGGUGAUCAGUACAGGUAGUAUAUGUUUUGAGCAAUAUUAUUUUAAUGAGGAAGAAUAAAUACAAAAUGGCCUUUUGGCAACUCAGUGUUAAGUGUAUUUUAUUAUAAAAUUUUCAUUCCUACUCUAACAGUAGUGAUGCUUAAUAUUUUAAAUGUAUCUCAACACCAUGUAAAACAAACCAAUACAGAAGAAACAAAGCCUCUUGUUAGAAUAUUUAUAAAUUUCAGUAUUUUAAAGAAACUGUUGUGUUUACAGUUGUGAUACUGGAAGAUUGGAGGGUGAGGAGGAGGAGUUUUACUUUCCAUCUUUUUUUUUUUUAAAUAAAUUUAUUUAUUUU